UGUGCUUCAUGGAUUUUAAUCGGUGCAAACCUAAUUGGUGUGUUUAAGAAUAACAUAAACAGUCUUCGUACGUAGUAUUUUUUGUUAUACAUCAGGUUGGAAUAGCACUUCGAAAGCGGUAGAAUGUGACUGUCCUUAAUUAAACGAAAAUCUAGAUAGCCCGUCAUAUAUCAUUAUUUAGGGUGAGAUGUGUAGUUGUAACUGGAUUGUUACCACGAUUAUAGCAGUCUUUAGCUACGUUUAUGCUGCCAGUAACCAGUAUGGAACAGUAUCAGUGGAAGGACCAGUUUUUGUGAACAGGGAGGUAACACUGAAGGCGACACCGUUCUACCCUUGGGGUUGUGACGUAGAAUGGAGAUACUUAAUGGAGAAGGGAAAUGGAUUUCGUACAAUCAAUGGGACAAACGUAUCGAAAUAUUUGGAAAAUGGGUCGUUCUUUUUAAAAUGGACGCCAUCAACUGAAUACAACAAUUCUCUUUUCUUUGCCAGAUGUUCAACAAACCCAUCAAUCAAAACACACAUGACAUCUCUAAAUAUGAAAGAUAUUGUUGGUCAAUGUGGUGCUCUCAUGCUUCUAAGCCCUGUCGUUCGCGGUGCAGACGUUAUAUUGGGAUAUUUUCCGUCUGAUGACUGUAUACAGCGACAAUCAUUCACUAGACGAACGUGGAAGAAAAACAUUCAAGAGAUACAGCUAGAAGAAGGGUUUUACGAAGAAAAAACAGAAUCAGUAUAUUUGUAUACAUUAACGAUAUUCAACUUUGAUGAAAGAGAUGAGGGAUCAUAUUGUUUAGAGUGUAAUUCAGCUGAAACAACAGAAUCUGUGCAGCUUCAUCUUUUAGAGAGACCGAGUUACCCAGUACUUGGUCCAAAGUCCUAUGAAUUUAAUACAACAAAAUGUAUUUAUGUUUAUGGAGGCUCCGAUAUGUAUUGCAUAACUGAUUAUGGAACAAAACCCGUACAGGUUGUCCUUUUAGUUGGCCAGGAUUCAUUUGUUCUUUCUGAAAGCGAAGGGAACAAAGGGUUGUACCGAUUCCAUAACGUUCAUCAAUAUAUGGCUGGAUUUUCAAGACGGAAUGUGACUUGUCAGGUUUCUAAUCCAGCCCUUAAAACACCCUACGUUGUGCACGGAAUUCUAUGUAACGUUGAGAAAGGUAGCUCGCCAAUGCUUACAGUUCCUGAAUUCUUUGAUGGAGAAGGUUCGACAAUAAUAUGUACAGUUUGCAAUGCUAUACCAGCUCCGGCAAUAGAAAUACAAAUUGGCACAGUCUUGCUAACUGACGUUCAGCAAAGUGAUUAUUUUAAUGGAUCUUCUCAUACGUUUACAAGUUCAGCAAAAUUGACAAAGGCUAACAUAGCAUGGAAUGGAAAAGAAAUGUGCUGUACCAGGAAGAGUAAAUACGAGUUUGGUUUUAAAAAUGUCUCAGUAUGCAAAAACAUCAGUAUGAAAUUUCCCCCCUCAAACAUUUCGAUGUCCAUCAACAAAAAACAUGAAUACAACAACACUCAUUCUAUCAGUGUCUUAAACGUUUCUUGUGAAACGAAUGAAUCAAAUCCGCCUUGCACAAUUGAAUGGUCAAGCGACAAGGAUGCUAUGAGAUACGUUCAUAGCAACAACUGGACGAAUGGUGACAGUAGGAGAUACCGUUCAGCUUCAAACGUGCUUUACAAUGUGACUAAAGGCAUGGCUGGGUGAGCUAUUACAUGUUCAAUUAAAUGCGAUCAUUUUCCAUCACAUUUAAAUAAAACUUACACAGUUACAUUUUCAGGUGGUCCGACUCUGUAUUUAAACACGACAUCACCUGUUCAUUUAUGUCCAAAUAAUAGAGUGACCGUGAAAUGUCUUGUGAAUGACAGCAAUUAUGAAGGAGGACAUUGGACGCUUCGAUGGGAAUAUGCAAAUACCACUGUAAUAAAGACUUGUACAAACACAACGGAAUGCCUGUUAAAACUGGAUUAUACAGGAGAUGGUUAUAUUACAUAUAUUUGCAAUGCUUGGACAUCCGAAAACCUUCUGAAAAACUUCUUGACAGUGUCAAGCUCAAUGACGGAGGACAUAUUUAUGGAGGCAACAAUUGUAAAACAAAGCAAUCCUAAUAUACUUAACUUAACCUGCAACACCAGCAGAAAAUGUAUGUCAUGUGCAAUUGCGUGGAGCAGCAACUUCGUCUUACUUGACCCAAUAUCGACAUCCCAAUGGACAAAGAACAGCGGCUCUGGCUAUACAACUUUUUCAAAUGCGCUCUACUUCAUAACUAAAGAUGUGGACGGAAAACGGAUACACUGUUCUGCAAAUUGUUGGAACGAAUCUUCAUAUUCAAAAAAUAGAACAUACACAAUUUCCUUUCAAGCUGUUCAAGAAUCAAGUAACAACUCUGCACCAGUUGUUUCCCAACAGUGGCAUAUGUCGGUCAUUUACGCCGAAGCUGGAACAAUUAUACUUCUAAUUGUAGCGAUGUUGUCCUUUCUUCUCUUUAGGCGAUGCAAACCUCAUGUUUAUGAAAAGCGUCUACGCCGAAGGACACCUGCAGUUAGAGAGCGAAGUACAUAUGGGUAUGAUACUGCGCAUCACAAUCUGAGAGAAGUGUCAGCAAGUGCUUUCGAGAUCACAAACGCACCUCAACAUUUGGAGUUGAAAGGAAACAAAGACCGUUCAAAUGAAAAUGAAUGCCAUUAUGACUAUGUGGACACUACAUCCGACCACAGCGACAGUCAGACAAACGCGCCGGAUGCAAAUUAUAUUCACGCUCUAUGAAACUAUUUGAGACUCAAAUUAUUUGCUAUGUUGUCAGAUUUGUAUCUUUUGAAAUUCCUAUUAUCAUUAUAGAUACGCUUACCGUUUUGAUUCGUUGUAAAUGUAUUGAUAAUGUACUUAACUAUGUGUUAUUAGAUUGCAACUAUGACAUUUUUACAGAUCAAAUAUCCAUGUACAUAUGUUAACCAAAUUGAUACUUAUGCAAAUUGAUUUGUACAAUAACAGAUUAAUUCAACAAUAAUUGCACCGUCGCAGAAAUAUGGUAACCAAUAUAAGACAUGGUAUACCAAUAUACUAAUUUAUUAUGCUCGAUUUCAAUGACUUCGUUAAACUGUUACGCAUCAUACUCGAUUCCUUUUUUAAUUAUGAACCAUUACUAGAUCCCUUUUUGAGAGUCUCAAUGAUCUUAUUUUAUCCCUGGUGGGACACGUAAAUACGGCCUCUGUGGAACCCUUUAACCAUUAGACUGUUCCCAUCCUGUUGCCUUUGUAAAUAUAGCCAACGUUUAGUUAUAUUUUGUCCAUAUAUAAAAUAUUUUAUACGAAUAUGUUCUAUGAUUGUACGCGAUGUUACACGUACUUUUACCAGAUGCAGUUAAACUCAAAAGUCCUGUGCGUAAUUCGUCCUGAAACUCGCUAAAAUACACAAUAUCAACUUCCUCGUGCCAUGUUUCAUGUCAUUCUAAACUUGUAUAAUACGCAAACACAUUAUUGAUGUAGUACACAUACAAGUAGCCCACAUGCACACGUACCUGUAAAAGUAGUGUUUCGCAAGCUCUUUAAUUUUACGUUGAAUUGUAAGCCUACAGGGCCAGAUGGUGUUGUCGAUGUAUAUGCAUGCAUGAUAUUAAUGUUUACUGUCAUUUUGAUAACGUGUCAACCUACUUUUUCUACAUAGUAUUUUUUGUUUUCGAAAUUCGUGAAAUCGUGAAAUCGUGAGAUGGUAUACCAUAUGAAAUAAACAAUCGCGUUUUAUUGCAUUUGCAUCGUUCGUUUUGUAAUAUUUUCAUAUCAUUAUACUUAUGAUUGCCAUAUGAGUGCAUAGUUUCGAAAGUGUUCGUAGAUAUUAGUUUGCUAUCUUUGUAUUGUUGGAUUGUACAUUGGAAUAUUUAAUAAAGAUCUUAGUUGAUUUUAGUCGUAAAUUAAGCAUCUUAGUGUCACAGUUUUAUUAUUUUGUGAGUGAAUUUUACUUUAGCCAGCAUUGAAAAUGUACACGAAGUUACGUAAUACGAUGCAUUGCCAUUUACGUUUUUACAGAUGAACAAAUAUAAAAGUAAAGACUAAAAUCCUAACAAAACGGCACACAGUACUGUUAAUCCGAUGGUUCUAAUGAUCAUUUCAUGGAAUGGCUUGUAUCUUACUUAAGGUUGACAAUAAGUGUAUAUUUAUGUUGCUGUUUUAUUUACAAGCUGUGUGGUCUCUUGAUAGGUCAUUUAUAGCAAUGUUAGGCAAGUCUGAUAUUGAGAUAAAGUAAACCAGUUACCGCCAUUCCCAAGGUAACUGAUGUUUUCGCUGGUUGAUUUCAUGCGGUAUCCAAAACAUUUGUUUAUAAAAGAUAUUUUGAUGAAAAUUAUAAU